UCUCCCUCUCUCCUCUUUCUCACUUCAACUCCUUUUCCGUCUCUGCUCACAGAAAUUAGGGUUUACUCAAAAUUUCAAUCCAGUAAAAUCUGAAACCAGGGUUCACUUCAUCUUCAUCAUCACCAUCUCCUUCGAUCAAGAAAAUUAGGUUUAAUUUAUUGUAAUCAUCAUAAAGAAAAAGAAAAAAAAUCGAAAAAAUCAGUCCAAAAAUCACAAAUUAGGGUUUGAUUCCAUUGGGUUUUUAUUGAUUUCAUAAUUUUGGAUAAAGGGUUUGAAGAAAGUAUUGAUUUUUAAGUUCAUUAUGCCAAGAAGUUCAAGACAUAAGUCUUCUCAUCACAAGUCUUCUCAUCAACAUAAACAUAGCUCAAAAGAUGUGAUGGAUUCUGAAGAAGAAGCAGAAGAGGUAUUGAGCUUCAAGGAAAAGAAUGGUGGUAAAGAGAAAUCCAUGAGUAGUAGGGAAUCAGAGAAGCGGAAACUUGUUGGGAAUGGUGGUGGCGGUGAUUUGAUUGGAGGAGAGUAUAAUGGCGGUAGUGGUGGGACUGGUAGUUCGAAGAGGCGGAAAGACAAGGGUGUGGAUGGACCGGUAUCGGAUCGGUGGAAUGGCGGCGAAGCUGUUGUUGUUAGUAAGGAGAAAUUAGUUGAUGAGGAUGGAUUGAAAUCAAAGAUUGAUUUGAAGAUUAAGUCUAGUAGUAGCAGCAGAAGACAUGAGGAGAGGAAAUCCGAGAGUGUUGUUGUUGUGGAGAAUGAGGAGGUGGUGGUGGCGAAGAAAAGUGUUGUUAGUAAUGGAAGUAAGGUUGAGGUGAAGACCUCGAGGUCUGAUAAGGAUUCGAGUAAGAAAGAGGUUCAUUAUAAGGAUUCUACUAAAGAAGUUCAUUAUAAGGAGUCUACUAAAGAGGUUCAUUAUAAGGAGUCUACUAAGGAGAAGGAACAUAGGUCUUCAGAGAGAGAGAAGAAGAAUCAAGAUGUGCGGCGUGAAACAAAGAUUGAAUCGAAGAUUGAUUCAGUGGCGGUGAGUGUGAAGAAAGAUGUAGUAAAUGCUGAGAGGCAGAAGCAUGAUGAGUUGCGAAAUCCUGAGUUGGAGAAGGAACUUGAGAAACGAAUCAGGAGGAGGAGAGAUGAUUCUGAUGACAAGGAUAAAUAUCAUGAUGAUAGCAGAGAUGCUAAAGAGAGUCGUGUAUCGUCAAGGGAUGAUCGGUCCAGAAGUUCAAGGUACAAGGAUGAAAAGCAGCAAGAUGACAGGUAUAGAGAAAGUCAUCAUGAAGAUCUGCGCAAGGACAAGCAGAAAGAUGACAGGUAUAGAGAAAGUCAUUAUGAAGAUCUGCGCAAGGAGAAGCAGAAAGAUGAUAGGUAUAGAGAAAGUCAUCAUGACGAUAUGCGCAAGGACAAACAGAAAGAUGAUAGGUAUAGAGAAAGUCGACAUGAAGAUUCACGCAAAGACCACACAAACCGAGAUGACAAGCGCAGAGAUGAAUACUUAAAAGAUCACUCAGGUCGAAAGUCUGACAAUAAGUAUCCCAGAGAUGAAAAACGAAUCCCACAGGAGAAAUCUAAACCUCAGGAAUGUGAAGGUGAUGGUAGUCCACGUAAUGAUGACCGUGUCACCAAUUACAAAGACAGUAGAGGAAAGAAGAGGUAUGCUGAUGAUAAUGAUGAAUACGGUGAUUUUAAAUCUCGUAAUGCCAAGGAGCACCACCAUUCAGUGGCAGAGAAGAAAACACCAAGCAGUAGCAGAAAAGAAUCACCUGCUGAUAGGGGAAGAUCACAAUCGCGGCAUAUGGAUUAUGAUACUGUGAGCCGAAGUAGACGCAGAAGUCCCAGCCCUAAUGCUCAUCCUAUCAAGGAUCAGUCCAGGACUAGUUCAAAAGCGGAAUCUCAGUACAGGGAACCUGUUCCAGAUGAAAGAGUCCGAUCUAAUGUCACUCCUUUAAGAGAGCGUAGUAGUGUUCAUGGGAAUUCUGAGAGAGCUUCUGAAUCUUGGUCAACAGAGAAGCACAGAUCCGUAACAAAGCCCUCCAACGAGGAAGGAAAUCAUUUGGCUGGUUUUUCAGCGGAAAGGUCUCCAGUUAGACAGGCCUCACCUGCAGCGUUGAUAGAUAAGCCUCAAUCCUCAACAAGUUAUGAGAGAAGAUAUUCAAACAGAGCAAAUGUUAACCGAAGCCUUGAUAUGGAAGAAACUGGACGAAGAGAUGACAGAGGAAGCAGGGAACUGCCUUCGGAGAAGAAGAAUGUAGAGGCAGAUGGUGAUACAGUGUCUGUGUCAUCAUCAUUUAAUCGAAACAGUCACUUUCCGAGCAAUUCCUCUUCUAUUCCUACAACACCUUCUUUCAGGGGCGGGGCUUCCAACCCUUCAGUUUAUGGGUCGUCAGAAGAAGAUGGCAGAGGCAAGUCCAAUCGUUAUAGGAGGACUGGUGAUUUUAAUGUGGGAAGAGGGCAGGGUAAUGCAUGGAAGGGCAUUCCAAACUGGCCUGCACAAUUACCAAACAACUUUAUGCCUUUUCAGCAUGGUCCACCUCAAGGAGGAUUUCAUCCAAUGAUGCAGCAAUUUCCCGCUCCACCUUUGUUUGGUAACCACCCUGGGAUUCCUUAUCACAUGCCUGAUGCUGAUAGAUUUAAUGUUCAGAUGCAUGGAUGGGAUGGAAGUAGUAAUGUCGUCUUUGGGGAUGAAUCUCAUAUGUAUGGGAGACCAGAUUGGGAUCAGAACAGACACAUGCUGAAUGGGCAUGGCUGGGAUGGGAAUUCAGAGACGUGGAAAGCGCAAAAUAAUCCUGCAGCAGCUGAAAAAGAUGAUCAUGGCCUAUCUUCCACAGGAAAUGAUGGUUGGGCUGGACACCCUAGUCAGCGAUCCCGGAAUGAGCGGAACAGGCCUAAUUUUAGGGCGGAGAGUAUUGAGGUAAAGAGAUCCGAUGAAACACCACCUCCACCACCCAAGGCCCCAAUAGAAGCUCCUCCAGUGAAGCCUGUACUGGAAAAGACACCAGAACCUGCUAAAACAUUACGUCGUAGUGAUACUCAUUUUUGCCAUGUUUAUCUUUCCAAGCUUGACAUCUCAGUGGAUCUUACUCAUCCUCAGCUGUAUAAGCAGUGCGCGAGUUUAUUUGAAAUAGAAGGAAAUUCAAUGAGUGAUUAUGGCUCUAAGCAUGCACAUUUAAAGGAAUUCGAGGAAUCAAGACUGAAGAUGUCCAACACAACCUUGAGUGCUUCACUUUUCCCCGUACUGAAGGACACUCUAUUACAGAGAGCCAUGCUCCUUUACAGGCAACGAGACGAAGAAACACAAACCAAACUUCCUCUCUCUUCCCUACCUGGGUCAGAACCAGAGUCUACUCCGUGCUGUAACGAUGACAAAGCAGAGAUAUAUCCAGCUUUGAGUGGGCCGAAACUAGAGAUACCUCCAACUAUCUCUGAUGAGACCGUUCAGAAAAAUCCACCCUCAGCUCAAGAGAUGGAAGAAGAACCUACCCUUGCUGAAACAGUGGCCGAAGAAAUUAGCUCUGCUCAAUUGAGGAUUGAAGGGUCAGUCCCAGCUGAAAUGAUGGUUAGAGAAUCAGUCCCAGCUGAAAUGAUGGUUAGAGAACCAAUCUUAGCUGAAGAAAUGGCUGAACAACCAAGUUCAUUUGAAAUGGCCGUUGAACAACCAGUGCUUACUCAGAUGAUGGUAGAAGAGCCAGUGCCUGCUAAAUUGCUGGAUGAAGAACCAGUCCCCUCCCAAAUGAUGGUCGAUGACUCAGUCCCUGCUCAAAUGAUGGUUGAUGACCCAGUCCCUGCUCAAGAGAUGGUUGCAGAACCAGUCCCUGCUCAUAUGAUGGUGGAAGAACCAGUCCCCGCUCAAAUGAUGGUCGAGGAACUAGUAUCUGCUCAUUUGAUGGUUGAAGAACCAGUCUCUGCUCAAAUGUUGGUCGAAGAAUCAGGCCCUUCUCCACAGAUGGUUGAUGAUUCAGUUCCAGCUGCUGAUAAUGAAGAACUCGGGAAACCAGACCUAAACUAUGAACAUAAAAUAACAGAAGUACCAGACCUGAUUCCUGAUGAAGGGAAAGAACCAGUUCUGGACUCUAAUCAGGAGAAAGCACACAACCUUGUUCCAAAUUUUUAUCAAAAGGAACAAGAACCAAUCGCAAAUCAUCACGAAGUGGUGGACCUGGUGGAUGAGGAAGACGCCAUUGUCAUUUUAAGCGAUUCAGAAGGUGAUGGUGGCGCAACUGGUACUGAUGCUGAACAUAUUAAGUCUAUCAAUGGUUCAAGGUAUGAUCAGUUAGGUUAUGCCCAUAACGAGGUAUGUGAGGAGGCUUUAACGCCAGAAUCAAUCGAGUGUAGGUCGGUAAAUUUAAGUCGGAUACAUUCUUCUAAAAGUACACAUUAAGACAAUUUCAGUUCCCGUAUUUUUUUUAUUUUUUUUUUAAGUUCUGUUUCCCAUUGAAAAUCUGCAUGUUCUGUUUCUUCUGUUGCUCAUUGUCUUAGGGUCGUUUUUUCUAAGUUGUUAUUUACCUUUCAAUAAAGAGAAGAAAGAAUAGGUAUGUAGGAAAUAGAGCUUCGAUCUUCCAGGAUAGUCGUCAUGUUUUUCCUUGCCAGUAUAGAGCUCUUAACAAGUAGCUGGUGAUGAAAAUUGGGCUCUUUUCUCUUUGUAUAUCAGCUAUUUCUACAUAAAUAUGAAUGAAAAUCAUCUCCUUUCUUCGAUUA